GAUGUCUAAGGUCUUCUUCCUCAAUCUUUUUGCAUUCAAAGUCAGACAGAAACCCUAGUGAAGUUUGAUUGAAGUGGGUAGGUUACAGUAUGGACAAGGGCAUCUUAGCAGGACUCGAUGGCCUUCCCGAGGAAGACAAGGCCCGAAUGAGCGCCAUGAUCGACCACCUCCAGCUUCGUGAUAGUCUGAGAAUGUAUAAUUCUCUUGUAGAAAGAUGCUUCACUGAUUGUGUUGACAACUUCACAAGGAAAACCCUACAGAAACAAGAAGAGACUUGCGUCAUGAGAUGUGCUGAGAAGUUUUUGAAGCAUUCUAUGCGUGUUGGGAUGAGAUUUGCUGAACUCAACUCGCAAGCAGCCACACAAGAUUGAUUUAAAACCUUUUACAAAAGACCAUGGAUGUAUGUGGCUGAAACCAACCAUUUUGUGACCUUGUAGUGCUUUCCCUUUUAACUUGGCUAGGUCUUAUAUUUUAUUUUGAUUUCCUGUUGCUCCAAUUGAAUACAAAAAUAUCACCUUGCCAAUCAAGAUUUUUGUCCGCAGAAUAGCAUUUAUUUGUAUUUGAGUAUGAUGAACCAACCCUGUGGGUCGUCAAUAAAACUCUGCUUUUUGAUUAUUGUAUAAAAUAACCCAUUUUGGAUCAUUAUAUUAUAGCUUGGACUGAAUAAGAAUUUCUCAGA